AUACCAAAUCAAAAUCCCGAAUCUGGAAACUAGAACGUGCAACGGCGUUAAGGCCUAAGGGAGAGAGAGGAGGAGGAGAGAUUAGUUGAGCCCUAGACCCGUCGUCCUCCUCCACGCAACGCCGCCUCCCUCUUCUGGCAACGGCGUCAUCGUCCACAGAAACCUCCGCCUCCCUUCUCUGGCCAAACCAUAUCAGCAUUAAAUGGAGCCCAGAUGGAAAGGGAAGGGCUUCAAAGCUAAAGCUCUUGCAGAGCCCAUGUCAAAGAUAGUAUCCCAGCUGCAGUCUUCGCUAAUUCAAUCAGAUGCUCAUGGAUUGCUUACUGGGUGUACUGUACUCAUAGCUGUAAAACCAGAGCAAACUGAUCUUCUUGACCGUGCAUGUUUUGGUAAACGCAUUGUUACAGCUGAAAAGGAUAAUGACUGGUUUCAGCUGGGUCUAGAAGAAGCCUUUUACCUAUGUUUUUCGUUAAAGUGUCUCAAGGUUGUAGGUGAUGAUAAGUGUCCAAAGAAUGAUGUAGAGCUAUGGCAGUGCAUGAUAUCCCGAAAACCGAAUUUCCCUGAUUUCUACAAGGCUUAUUCUCAUCUUCGGAUGAAGAAUUGGGUUGUCAAGUCAGGUUUGAAUUAUGGAGUGGAUUUUGUUGCCUACCGGCACCACCCGUCUCUGGUCCAUUCUGAAUAUGCUGUGCUUGUGUUAUCGGAAGGAGAGGAUGAGGGAAAUGGCCGGUUGAGGUUGUGGUCUGAUCUUCAUUGCACUACUCGAGUUAGUGGAAGUGUUGUGAAGACACUUUUGGUUCUUAGGAUCACUAAAAAUGGUAAUGAUGUUGCCUCUCCAUCAUGUUUGGAAAAAUACACUGUUGUAGAGCGAACUAUCAGAAAAUGGCAUCCAGAACAAUGCCGGGAAGAUAAUAUGACAGGGGAAAACAGAACCAAGCAACAAGAAGCUCUUGGAAAAGCAAGUUUAAAGACCAAAUUUACUCAAAAACAUGAUGUGAAAUUGAAGCCAGGCCUAGUUGGAAUUGAACGAGGUAUUGGUCUAGUUAGUAUUAGUCUUGUUUUUGCCUUGAUUUCCUUUAUAGUAAGCCGUUGGUUUUGGUCUAAUUAAGAUUUCUUGAAUUAUAAAGUAGAGGUUUUUAAACAUAUCACUCUAGACUUUGACUUGAGUGUAAAUUUAGUCAUUGGACCUUCAAUUUGAACCAUUAACCCCCUACAUUUUAGGUUUGCAACAAAUCAAAUAUUCCAUUAAUUUUAUCAUUAAAGGUUGAUGUAUGGUUUCUUCAUGUCAACAAUAUAUACUUUUUUAAAAUACCAUUAUGAAAAAGACUUUCUGAAAGAGAACCAAAUGCCCAUUGGAUUUCACCGCCCAAAGAUGUAAAAUGGAGCAAAUUGUUUCCAUUAUGGACAUUAAGGACUCAGCUGGGAAGAUGAUUUGCAUUAUUCGUGUUCAUUGGCCUGAAAAGAAGAUCUUGGGAUCUGCAAGUCAACAUAUAUAUCACAUACAUAGCGCAUAUUGUUGUUUGUUAUAUGAACAAUUUGUUAAGGUAUAUGCACAUUGUUAUGCAUAUUAUUGAAAUUAUAAUUGGUUUAUGAUUUUUAGUGUU